AUGCAGGUAAACAGCACCACGAACAGAAGUAGCGACGCUGGAAGUCGCUUGGGCCGGCCGAGUGCCAUCGGGAAAAUGCCUCUGCCCGUUGUUGAAAAGAGGGGUCUCGCCAGCACGCCGGAGGCGGCGAGCACCGCUGCCGCUCCCGGCCCUGCUGCUGAUGGCACCAUGAACACUUCAUACAAUGGAAGUUUAUUUUCACACCAAGCCACGGUGGAGGGAGAAAAUGCAGCCCCGAUGUGGGCGACUCGGAAUUCGCUAGAGGGAAUACGCGGCUGCUCACUUAAACGAAGUCCCGAGGUGAGUCUGCGGACAGCGUCAAAGACGCACAGCGCUCUAACCACAAAACGUGAGGGAGCUUCCGCGUUGUUCAUGCAGGCGUCAUCCAUGAGCUCCACUUUGAGGCGAGAACAGGCGGUGAUGGGUCCAGAGUUGUACCUGCAACUUUGCUAUGAACGGCAGCUGCGGCGUCACAACCCCAAACAUGGCUUUGACAAGACGGGAGAGGACUACAUCUACUACAAUCAUCGAAGCAAAGGCUGCUACAUCCCACGUAGACCUAGAAAAGGCACCUUGACCCUAACCUACAACCACAUGUUUGACUUCACCGAUGGAUCCCGGUUCCUGUGCGGUGGGGAUGCGGAGCCGCCGCGGCCGAACCCCAAUGUGGUGAACACGCAUACAGGCGAUUUCAAGUCGCUCGUGAAGCGAGACCAGAAGGAACUUGCAGAGAGUGCCUUCCUUAAAGAAGGCUAUUCCAUACCAGCUCACAGUCUCACCUUGACCUCACCGCAGCGUUCAAAAUCUCAGGCCGCAAAAACCAUCUCCGUUGACUUGGCACGUAGCUUGCAGGUAUCAGAUCUGCGCAUCAAACCUUUCCAAAGGCGCGUAAUGAUUGAGGACGUCAUUGCGAAGGACAGCCGACGAGUGGCAAAAGUGAUGGAUGGGGUCAGCAGCGUAGUGGCGAAGGGAAAGGUGAAGUUGAAUGACGUACCAGAGAACCUCCGCCGUGCCCUCAGUGAGGAGCAGGUCCGCCACACUGCAACACUUGAAAGUACGAAGGCUUCAGCUCUAACGACAGGAUAUUACAUGAAUGAAACAGGAUCCCAGCGUUACGCGACGGAACUCUCACCUGCCCCAGGAAGAACGUGGCAGAAGGGUGAGCCGCACCGGCCGCCGCCUACACCUGAGCAAACGACAAAACGUCCGAAUGUCUCCUUCACGGAUCACGCGGACCGAGUCUUGCUGGGGUUUACGGAGAAUGUUCUUAAGCCUGUGAUUAGCAAGGAUGGUGGACCAUCGUACCAACUCAUGCGUAUGCGUGAGGAAGAGGCCAAAGAGGAGGCUGAGGUGGAAGGAAUUGCCAAGUCAGACACCGUGGAUCCGACGCAGCAACACCCACAGGAAGCGAACACCACUCAGGCUCUGCCUUCGCUUCCCGCAAGCAAAGAACUGCCGGUGCUUCUCCCUCCGAUCGCGAUUGCGGCAAUGCGGGACGCGGAGUGGUUUGACCCUGUCGGUUUGGCCAAGUCAAAAUUCGAUGAGGCGCCGCCAUCGUGGUCGGCGCGGCCACCAGAGAAACCGCUGCCGUUUGAGACCUCGCGGCUUGACUAUAUUCGGAAUUAUGACGCUGAAGCUGCCAAUCCUCCAGAGGCAAUGAUGCACUGGACGCAGGCGAAGACACUUCUGUGA